AUGUCGCCGAGCUUGAGGACACUUUCCCGCCAAGAGCGGUUCUACUUGGACACCAUGACCAAUUUGAAGCAUUUUGUGGAGAAUUUUACGGCUGAGCGCGAUAGAGGACAGCUCGAAGGAUGGAAGCAACGAGCGGAGGCUUUGUACAGUGACUUUCAGGCCAAUCGAUUAAAAAUUGAGCUGUACGGCGAUGAAAGCGAUAGGCUCGAAACGGAUGAAGAAGGCAUGAGAGUUACGGAAGAAGCCAAUCGCGUCAUUCGACAGGGGUUCGAAAACGAUUUUGUACGGGUCCACAGUUUUCUCACUAGAGAACUUCGCAAAUUUUCCGCAGGAACGCAAGCAAUUGUCCCCUCUACCUCCAGAGGCAGUGUAAAUGUUACCGAAAACGCCUUCUCUCGUAUCAAGCUCCCAGAAGUUAAACUCCCAACAUUCUCUGGGUGCGUUUCGGAAUGGAUUACGUUCCGAGAUACUUUCAAAUCUCUCAUAGACUCGAACCCCCAGCUAUCGUCUAUCGAUAAGCUAUCGUAUCUUGUUGCUUCCCUUUCCAAAGACGCUAAAAGGGUUAUCGAAUCCGUCGAGCACACUGCUGCCAAUUAUUCUGUCGCUUGGACCUUGUUGGAAAGGCGAUUCGACAACAAGAAGUUAGUCGUGAAAACCUACAUUGAUUCCCUAUUCGCGAUCGAGCCUAUGAAGAGAGAGUGCUACGAGUCUCUUAUGCACCUGGUUGAUGAUUUCGAGCGAAACCUGUGCAUGAUUGACAAGAUGGGCAUUCCAACGAAAGGAUGGAGUGUGUUGCUGGCACACAUGGUCUGUAGCCGACUGGAUCCGUCCACACUUAAGCAGUGGGAAGCUCAUCACCGAUCAACAGAGGUUCCCAAAUACGAAGAUCUAAUCCAGUUUCUUCGUACUCAUCUUACGGUGCUGCAAUCGCUGCCACCGUCGAAGUCUCGCUCGUUCGAACCCGCUAAACCGGAAUCGUUCCGGUCACAGAAAUCCAAAAUAAAUACAGUCCACACCGUUACUACAGUUAGUCCGUCAGCUGGUGCGUGCCCGUUCUGUUCGAAACCGUCCCACUCUCCCUUCAAGUGCGAGGUGUUCCAGAAGUUGUCAGUCGCCCAACGUUUCGAGCAGGUCAAGAAGAAAAACCUCUGCAUCAACUGUUUCUCCUCCUCCCACCUACUUAGAAAUUGCUCUUCCAGUGCAUGCAGAGUAUGUAGCCUGAAGCACCACACCAUGCUCCACCAACAAUCGCAAGAUCGUUCGUCCACCCCGACAAAACCACCCACUUCCGCUGUCAGUUCGCAAUCGUCGUCGUCACCCUUGGGCAACCAAACAUGCCCAUCGAACCAACCCUCACACUCUCGAACUCCGCCGUCAGCGGAAGCACAAUCGCCGUCAGCCAACGCCUCUACUCUCGUCUCCACCACUCUCGUCGGAAGUUCCCGUACUGUUCCUGCCACUGUGUUGCUGCAGACUGCUGUCAUCAAGAUCUUCGACAAUCACGGACACCAUCAUUGGGCCCGAGCGCUCUUGGACUCCGCUUCUCAACUCAGCCUGGUUACUGAAAAUCUCGUCCAGAAACUCCAGUUACCUCGCCACUCCGAUCGCCAAGAAAUCGGAGGUGUGGGUAAUUCUAUCGUCGUUUCAUACCACGCUGUCCUCGUUCGGAUGGGUUCUCGCUGCUCGGAUUUCGUCGCUGAUGCUCGGUGUCACGUCUUGAAGAAGAUAACCAGAGAGAUGCCGGUCAGAUGCAUCGACACUUCGCCAUGGAACAUCCCCUCGAAUCUCACCUUAGCUGACCCUCAGUUCCAUGAACCCGGACCCAUCGAUCUCCUCAUAGGAAUGGAGAUGUACUACGACCUGCUGCUUGAAGGUUUCAUCAAACUGGGACCUGAAAGGCCGAUCCUGCAGAACACCGUCUUUGGUUGGGUAGCAUCCGGGAAGCUUUCUCGGUUUUGGGAAAUCGAAUCCUGCUGGAGCAACAGCACUCAUUCGGUGGAGGAAUCCAAGUGUGAAGAGCACUUCGCCGCCACUGUCUUUCGCGACCAAUCGGGUCGCUUUGUAGUCACCCUUCCCAAGCGCCCACUGGUUCUCAACCAGUUAGGAAACUCGAAAGAGAUUGCUGCUCGAAGAUUCCUCGCUCUCGAACGUCGGCUGCUAGUCAAUCCCAAGUUGAUGUCCUCGUACUCAGCCUUCAUCGAUGAAUACCACCAGCUUAACCACAUGCGGGAAGUGUGCGACGAUGCAGCUUUGGCGAACUGUACGUCGUACUAUCUACCGCACCACGGCGUUGAAAAGGCUGACAGUACCACCACGAAAUUGCGGGUAGUAUUCGAUGCUUCCUGCCCCACAGAUAGCGGAAUCUCCUUGAACCAAGCGCUGAUGGUUGGCCCAGUCAUCCAAGACGACCUGCUGGCAAUCAUUUUGCGCUUUCGGAUGCACCGAUUUGUCAUUAUUGCGGACAUCGAAAAAAUGUUCCGCCAGAUCCGUUGCCUUCAGCAAUUGUCCAUUGAUGGUUCCGACGAAUUUCCUCUCGCCUCGUUGAUCCUAGCCAAGGACUUCUACAUGGACGACAUGCUGACCGGUGUUGACGACGAGGACGAAGGUAAAGAAGCCUGUGAGCAGCUUCUACAGUUGCUUAAUUCCGCCGGUAUGAGCUUGCGGAAAUGGACCUCGAAUUCGCCAGCUAUUCUCUCCAAAAUACCGGUAGCACUUCGCGAUGAACGAACUACACUUUCGCUGGAAUCUCCUUCUGCUCCGAUCAAAACGCUAGGGUUGCAAUGGCAGCCAAUGGAUGACGAAUUCCGUUAUUCCGUACCCAAGUGGUCUGAGGAUGGACCAAUAUCUCGACGAAUCGUUUUAUCGGACACGGCGCGACUCUACGACCCUCUUGGAUUGAUCGGGCCGGUCGUAGUACUCGCCAAACUCUUCGUUCAAACACUCUGGCGCUCCUCCAAGAACUGGGACGACCCGCUAGGCGAAUCCGAGCAACAGCAUUGGUUGGAGUUUCGUAACAGUCUAGACGGAUUAGCUACAAUCAGCAUUCCAAGAUGGGCGGCGCCUGCCUCCGUUCUCGUAUCGAUUGAAGUGCACGGGUUCUGCGACGCUUCUGAGAAGGCAUACGGAGCCUGCCUCUAUUUGAGAACCGUUUCGACUGACGGAUCGAUCGCCGUUCGCCUGCUAGCCGCCAAAUCCAAGGUGGCACCCCUCGGCGACUCGAAGAAGCAGAAGCGCAUCUGCUUGCCUAGGUUGGAACUCUCGUCGGCACUUCUGCUAAGUCACCUCUAUCACAAGGUCCAAAGCAGUACAGCGCUGAACGCCAAAUCGAUCUUUUGGACAGACUCGAUGAUCACCUUGCACUGGCUGCGUUCGACACCUUCGCGGUGGAAAACUUUCAUUGCGAAUCGAGUGUCUGAAGUGCAGCAUCUCACCACCAGCGGCAUUUGGGCGCAUGUUCCUGGCAUCGAAAAUCCUGCGGAUAUAAUUUCCCGCGGCAUGUAUCCUGCACAGCUACAAGAAACCGCAUCGUGGUGGAAUGGCCCGCCAUGGUUGAGCCAACCGUCAAGGUUCUGGCCGCCAUUAACUCCGCAACCCUCCGUCGACAUACCGCCUGAACUCCUUGAAGAAAGAGCAGUAUCGCUUCCGGUGCAGGUACACCCUCCAAACGAAAUCUUCUCCAUCCGAUCGUCAUUUCCAGCGGUCGUUCGUAUCGUUGCUCUUCUUCGUCGCUUCUACCAUAACAGCAAGCCUUGCAAUCGCUCUAACCGGCGGACCGGGUUCCUCCAGACGUCGGAGCUCGCGGAAGCCACCGACAACCUAGUUCGACUAGCGCAACACGAAACCUUUGCCAAGGACCUCGCAGCUGUAGCAAAACACGGUCAGGUUGAUUCAAACUCUGAUCUACGUACUCUCGCCCCAAUUCUCGUCGACGGCAUCCUCCGACUUCGUGGCCGGCUCAGGAAUGCGGCCAUCUCCAAAUGUCGAAAGCAUCCCAUCAUUCUGCCCGCACGACAUCCUCUAACAACGUCUAUCGUAUCGUACUACCACCUCAAGAAUCUACACGCCGGACCUCAGCUACUUGCGUCAUGCGUCCGGGAGAAGUUUUGGCCACUUCGUCUGCGAGAUCUAGCCAGAAGUGUAGUCCACUCCUGCGUAAGUUGCUUUCGAUGCCGCCCUCGCAAUCUCGAGCAGCUCAUGGGAGAUUUGCCGCCAGAGAGAGUUACUCCGACAUUGCCCUUCAUCAAUACCGGGGUAGACCUCUGUGGACCGUUCCAGUACCGUAAAACCAGGAAAGCACCUCCCAUAAAGUGUUUCGUAGCCAUCUUCGUGUGCCUUGUAACCAAGGCAGUUCAUGUAGAGCUAGUCUACGACCUCUCCACUGCGGCGUUCAUAGCAGCGUUGCAUCGGUUUAUUGCUCGAAGAGGAAAGCCGAGCCUCAUAGAGUGCGACAAUGCCACAAACUUCAGAGGAGCAGCGCGGGAGUUGAAGGAACUGGCCAAGCAGUUUCGCUCUCAGCAACACCAAGGUGAAGUAGUCGACCGCUGCGCAGAUGAAGGCAUCAUCUUCAAGUUCAUUCCGCCACGCAGCCCAAACUUUGGCGGGUUGUGGGAGGCGGCUGUGAAGUCCUUCAAACAGCACUUUCGUCGGACCGUCGGGAACUCCGUCCUCUCUCAGGACGAAUUCGCCAUUCUGCUGACCCGCAUCGAAGCGUGUCUAAAUUCGCGGCCUUUGACGCCGCUAUCGACCGAUCCGAACGACUUGGAAGUGUUAACACCAGGCCACUUCCUCGUUCACCGUCCGCUUACCUGCUUCCCCGAACCCGACCUCUCCGAGGUACCCCGAACCAGACUAGAUCGCUACCAAGAAAACCAAGAGCUCCUCCGGCGAAUCUGGAAGCGGUGGUCAACCGACUACCUCUCUGGCCUCCACCCGCGCACUAGGUGGACUCGCGUGCGGGACAACGUCGCUGAAGGAACGAUGGUUCUCCUGAAAGAAGACGACCUUCCGCCCCUGAAGUGGAAGUACGGAAGGAUCUCCAACAUUUUUCGUGGGGACGAUGGCAACAUCCGGGUCGUAGACGUCCGGACAGCCGAUGGAGAAUAUCGACGUGGAAUCGCCAAGAUCUGCGUGCUUCCCAUCCGUCAACCCACAACCGAACCAGCUGGCACAGCUGGGACCAACCCAGACGAAUCACCGAUCGCAGUACACUAG